CUAAGAUAAUGAUCACAACAACAACUGUACAGUUGAUAUGUUUGAUUCAAUUAGUCGUAUGGAUGGUCAGUGCCGACACAAACAGCACAUCUCAAUAUGACAUAAAGUUAUGCAAUUUAUUGUACGGUAAUUACCGGGUAUUUGAAGCUUUUUUCUACAAGAAAGGCUUAGCAGUACUGUUGGAGGACAGAAACGCCGUCCGACCGGAUGAUCCGUUCAGUAAUAAGAAAUACUAUUAUUAUAUCGAAGACUUGGAUACAUCACAACUGGAAACUGGAGGUCUGGUUAGGUUUACAAAGAUGUAUGAGUUGGCAGAGAAAAACAUAUGGAGAAAGCGAUUAAUCGGUAAUAACUUGUUUUGGAUGAAACACUUCUUCUGGAUGCGAACUAAUGAAAAAUAUGAAACUAAAAUUGAUGGCAAACAAAGAAUUCUUGUCGGAUUGAAUCAGACAAUAUCUGAUGGCAAAACAUUGUUAAGUACUCAUCUGUUUGUUAUAUACGAUGUCGAAGGAAUUAAAUAUCCGGAUCCGUGGUAUUAUAAAGAGAUCAAUACAGACAUCUAUAAGUACAUACCGGGCGAAGAUCCCAUGAAUUUGAUGACAUUGUUUACUAAGUUUCCGCAAAAAGAUUUAGUCGAUCGCAUACAUUCGAUACUUGUGCUGCCAGUCCUUCCCGAUGUGCUACCUGUGCGACUAUUUGUUUAUUAUAUGGAGAAGCCACCAAAGAGCCAGGAAAAUGUCGGUAAUAAUUGGAAUUAUUUUAAGAGACACGUAAUGGAGGCCAAGUAUGUUGACUAUGGGACGCGCCGGGAGAUAGACUGGAACUAUCUGCCAGUAAACGACAGCUCCAAUUGUGUGGACAAUGAGAUCGUCAACGCAACGGCUCUUCUCAGCGAUGAAUACGAAAAGGUUGGAAAUCAGUAUUCAUUUAAACUGAUUGAGUUCCGCGACGACAAGUAUGUCAUUAAGUAUGGACACCAAAACAAGACAUAUGCCGGAAAUACAUUAAUGGAAAUCAAACGCGGAUUUGUUUAUCAACUGUUCAAUUGUCCGGUACCCUCGCCGCCGCGUCCAACAUUCCCAUCAAUAUAGCAUCUUUUGAUACCCGACCCAUAUCGAGCCGAAAUCUUUAAGUUGUCGUCACUCUGGUUAUGGAUCUCAUUGACGACAUUCAUAUACUUGAUAUACCGAUAACAAUAAAGAUCACAUUUUUUUCUACUUAUUUUUAAAAC